GCUGAAUUUCAUUAUUAGGCGUCUCCGCUCGACGGGGUCGACGAUAGAAGAAGACGUGUUUUUACUGCCGAGCAGACUCACCUGGCCAGAGGCUGGUGGCUGCAGGUCACAUCCAUAGCUCCACACAGGCUCCUGAGGUCACGUCUUCGACGGACCGCGAAAUCUCUUUCCAGACGGAGAGAGACGCUGACACUACCUCGACCUCUUUCAACAUCGUGUGAAUCUUUUCCAGAUUACUAUACCAUAACUACACUUGUCGUCAGCAUACUAUAGUAGUAGGCGGUGUUGGAGCGACUGAACCGACCGGCGGACCAAGAUUUCUCUCUCGACUCACCCGCUCACCUUCCAUUCCCACAACUCGACAGGAACCAGCUCUUCCUCGCCGUCCAAUCAUGGCUCAGGUCUAGCCCAAUGGCGCUCCGAGACCCCGGUAGCAGCAUUGCCAAUCGAGGCAGGGGCUACCCUCAUCCCCGACUGGUGUCGCCACGGCACCAGCCCAGCAGAAGUAGUUACAGUAGAAGUUCUAACAGUAGGGAAAAUGUUGGAGAGAGAGGCUGCGGAUGGCCCGCUCUGCUCCAGGCCUGACCCAGCCAAUCGUGGCCACAAACACAUCUCUAAAAGUAAAGAUAAGUGUAGCUAUGGCAGGAAAAGCCGAGGUGAAGCUCCGCCCACUCCCACACGUCACCAUCCUUCCAGCUCACGGCUUCCUCCCCACGGCAGACAGGGCAGGGAGCGGAGGAGGGUGGGACGAGGAAGAAAUGGAGACUGCGAUAAGUACCAGGAGGAGGUGGAGAGGGCCAGUGAGGGAGAGAGGAAGGGAAGAAAGUUGUCUCUGAACCAUCUCCUGAACUUUACCCUCUCCCCGAGAGAAGGUCCUGGCAGACGGGAGGGGGAGGGGACCAGCGGGAUGAGGAGAAGGAGGACAAAGAGCUACAACAAGGAGCAGUUUCUGCAGGCCAAUUGUCAGUUUGUGGUGAGUGACAGAGGAGAGUAUGGCGUCCACACCUCAGAUCCUGACCUGCUGGUUGACUGGGACUCCAUCGAACUAGUGCGACUGUUCUGCCACGAGAUUCCAUCCUGCCCAAUCUGCCUCUACCCUCCCAGAGCCGCAAAGAUAACUCGAUGUGGUCAUGUGUACUGCUGGUCUUGUGUCCUCCACUACCUCUCUCUGGGGGACAAGAAGUGGAGAAAGUGUCCUAUAUGCUACGAGUCAAUUUACAAGAAAGAUCUCAAGAGUGUGAUGGCUCUGUCCACACCGCAAUAUUCGCCAGGCGAUGUCAUCUCCAUGAGGCUGAUGGUGAGAGAGAAGAACUCCACACUGGUCAGACCUAGGAGUCAGGCCACACCCAGCCCCUCUUCUCACUCCCUCUCACCUCUCUCUGGUGAAGAUGAGAUGUUCUCAAAGCUGCUGACCUGCAGCCAGGAGCAGACUCUACAGCUGAUAGUGAGGCCGGAGAGAGAAGGCCUGACCACCCAGCUGACCUCCCUGGCCAGUGAUGAACUGUCGGAACACUGCUUCAUCGAGCAGGCCCUGGAGGAACUGAAGGUUAGAGAGACAGAUCUUACCUCUCAUGGCAUUCAGGAAGACAUGGACAAAAUGGUGUCUGGUGUGCCGGACCAACCUCCUCUCCCACCUCGUCAGUGGAUGGCUCUCUCUGAUGGCUACGUGGAGAGAGACACUCCCCCUGCCUUCUCUGGCCUCGAGGACGGAGGAGAAGAGGAGGGAGAGGGAGGAGAGGGUGGAUCAGCAUCCUCCAGUAUGUCUGAAGAUACUCUGGUCACAGAACAAGCUGAUGACUCGCUGGGAGCUGGUAUGGAGCAUGUCCCUGAAUCACCAGACAGUGAUAGGGUCCGUGACACCUCUCUCAUCUACUUCUAUCAAUCUGGUGAUGGACAACAUCUCUACCUCCACACUGUCAACGCUCGCUGUCUUGUCAAGGAGUAUGGUGGGAUGGAGUUUGCUCCUGAGGUGAUCAAGGCUCAAAUUGUGGAAAUGGAGCAACUCACUAUGACUGAGGAAGCCCGCAGUCGUUACAGGUACCUCAGUCAUCUCCCAGUCACCUGCCAGUUUGCUCUCUGUGAACUCGACCUUCGACCUCCGGUAGUUUCUCCCGAGACCCUUGCCUUCUACAGAGGUGAUCUUGACAAGAGGAGGAGCAAACGGAGCAGGAAGAGGAGAGACGAGAAGAGGAAGGAGAAGUCUGCGGUCGCCACACAACCAUCACCUCUCACCAGUGGUAAAAUAUCACCUUCUGCCCCUCUUAUUAUCCUUGAUUCAGUGAUGGAAGCAGCGUUCUUCUGUCCCAUUGGUGUCUGGAUUAGAGGGGUGUGCACAGUGCACAGCAAGGGGAACGUGUUCCCCGUUGUUCAAAGCAUGUCAAUGUGUGCAGACUACAUGCUAAUUAGCUCUUUCUGCCCCACACUCAUUACCCACUAACACUCACACACACACACCCACUCACAGAGGGGUUUCCCCUCCCGACCUCAUCGUGCCAGCCACUAAGUCCGGAGAGGAUCCACGACCUCCUCCCCCAACUCACCUCCUCACCUCCCCACUCCUCACACCUCAGUCUCGUAGCACCAGAGGUUCUCCCAGGACGCUCCUCCCCGUCGGCGGAGAGCGGAGUUCAGGACAAUGGUCAGGUCGUCCUGAACGACAGCUCCGCUGAUCACCCCUCGUUUGCUGAUGCACUGAGGGGAAACCCCCACCUGUUUGGCCAAUCAAGACCUCUCCAUCUAGUGUUGUAAGAGCUGGGUCUCCGGGGGAGGAGACAGGGAAAGGAGAGGAGGGAGGGGAGGGAGAGAAGGUGCCUUCGUUCCAGGAGGCAUUCACAGAGGCUCUGCUCACAACUCAGGUCUCCACCUUGCAAGGUGUGAGUUCGAAGAAGACGGCAAAGAAAGGCCGGAAGAAGCUGGUUUUGUUUUCAACUGGAGGAACCAGAGGAUCUCACAACUAGCCACACCUCACGAUGACAUCAUCAUCAUCUGAUGGACAGACUAGACUGUAUAUACCUCGCUGCAACUAAGUAACUGCCUUGCACUGUAACAUACACACACAGUCAUGGUAGCAGAGAAGUAGUAUUUUGUGUAGGAUUCAAUUUUAUAACGUAGUCACACAA